CUAACCUGCGGGGGGCAGCAUUGAGCUGUGAUGUCUCUACAUAACCGGAAAUGCUGUGGAGCAAGACGCAUGUAAACAAGAGGAUGUCGCAGAGACCGACCCAAGCUAGAGAAAUGAACGGUCAGACAGACGUAGAGGUCGACUACAAGCGGAAGUACAAAAAUCUCAAAAGAAAAUUAAAAUUCCUUGUUUAUGAACAGGAAUGUUUUCAGGAGGAGUUGAGAAGAGCACAAAGAAAACUUCUGAAGGUUUCCCGAGACAAAAGCUUCCUUCUAGACAGAUUGCUCCAAUAUGAGAGGGUUGAUGAAGACUCCUCUGAUUCAGAUGCAACCGUUUCUUCAGAAAACAGUGAAGGGGAAGGACUAAGAGAGAGGGAAAGAGAAAUUGCAAAGAAGCGGAAAAGCAGCCCUGGAGCCUGCCUUUCCUCCUCUUCGUCAUCGCCUCAUCUCUCUCUGCUGUCCCGUCCUGGAGUAAACCCCCUGCAGUCGUCCAGCACCGGAUCGUACCUCAACGCUAUGCCCUUCCCACCAGAGUAUUUGGCACCACCAGCUGAGCGAAUGAAGAAAGAGAGAAAAACAAAGACGCCAAAAAACAAGCGAGAGGCCACAGGGAAGGUUGUUGGUCCGAUGGCGGCUAACUACACGUCAGCCUCUGGUGCCCCUCAAACAGCCAGCGGCCCCUUCAGCUGGGUUCCCAAACAAAUGCUCAGCGGAGAUGCGGCUGACGAGGAAGGUGAGAGCGAUGGGGACAGCGACAGAGGAGACGAGGACAGAGGGGAGGGAGACGAGGCCGAGCUCGUCAUUGACAUCCCCAAUGAGUGAAAGCGACUGGGAGAUGUAUCUAACGGCAGGAUGGAGGAGGGGGGGCCUGCUUCUGUUUGUGUAAGGGGUAAAAGAGAGGACUUGAAUGGUUGUCCUGAAAGGAAAGCUCCCCUUGGUGGAGAUAAGAUUCAUUGCAGGCAAAAUAAAACUGCAGAAAUGAGUGUUGUUGAAGUAAUAAAACAGUGAAACAGUGAUAGUUUCUUAAAUUCAGUCUUUGUUGUAUAGGUGCACUGAUUAUGUUUUCCUGACCAGAACAGAUUUCUUUUUGCGUCUUAAUCUGCCAAUUUUCAAUGUAAAAUAUUUUUUCUUCUCCCAAUAAUUAAAUGUGAAAAACAUUGACCAUUAAAAAAGAUGCAUUAUCUGUUUUUCUGAACAGCAACAGAUAUUUUGCCCUAAGCAGAGAUUUUGCAUUUCAACUUCCAAAAUAGGAUUAACCGGGAAGCUUCUACUCUGUUGUGACAUGUUGGUACCUAAAACCUGCACAGCAUUAAAGAGCUAACGGUGGUUCUGUGGAAGUAUUAUGGAUAAUAUUUAUUUCCCUUUCCUGUAGUAGUUGUAUCUUUGUUGUAUCUUUAUGAGCUAGAAGACAUUAUAAAUGAAUCUUUGGUGGAAGCUAACGGCUCGUCUGAGUCAAUCUGAACAUUUUUACAUCAGUUUGAUACAGCCAGCUUUUUUCCCACAACGAAGCAGAAAUGUUCAACUUCACAAAAUGGCACCAACUUUACAUAGUCUGUUGUAAAAUUGUAAACUGUUUAUAACGGCUAAAACUAUUCUUUGCCAUUGAUAUGAACAUGUUCAGUUUGAGCUUAGCUGUCAUUGCUAGCUAAAAUGGGCAGCUUAGAUCUGACUAGCUGUUAGCAUUAGCUGUUAGCUUCUAGUUCCCCAAAAAUGUAUUUUUACUUCUAACAAGCUCACAAUGAUAUGACAGCUUUGUUGUAAUGAAAGUAUUAGUUAACUUCACAGUACCUCAUUUUUUUUAAUUCUUUUAAUUUUUUUUAUUUAAUUUUAUUAGAAAUUGAAUUCAUGUACUUUUUUUUAAAAUUAAAAUAACCCAAAGACUGAUGGUGCCCUGAAGAUGUAAAUCACCAGACCAGUUGUUAUUGUAGAUUAUAAAUGCUCGACUGGUGGAAGAGUUGCAUAACUACUGGUCAUGUUGGGAGCUUUCUGCACCAAAAUGCCCUUUUCCUCCUGCCCAAUGCAGGACAUUUGACCUGCUGAUCAUCAGACAGAGCUGUCCAAGGAAAAACUCUGAUUUCAAUCACUGACUGCUUGAUUGGUGCAUCGAUGUCUAUUUAGCCAACUUGAUCAAUCCUGCGGCUGAUUCUAUGCUUCCUCUGGAUAGCCAGUGAAUUCAUCCUUAUUUGUUCUUCAGAUAUUUGUUUUUGCUUUGCUUAAAUCAGCCACCAUCUCAGAGUUCAUCGUUUGUAACCUUAGAGUUAUAAAUGUCUAUUUGUUACAGUUCUGGUAUGUUUAAUCUGUGCCAGGUAUCAGUUAUUGUCUUUAAGAAUGUCAAAAUAACCUUUUUUAAAUACAUAAACACUUCGUUUUUGCACUUGUA